AUGCGCACUAAAAGGCGCAGGAGGGGGCGGGGCGGCGGGCUCGGUUCGCGGCCUCUCCCGUACCCAGCUCGCCCCGGUGCGGCGGCGCACCCAGUGACGUGUAAAAGAAGCGACUCUCUCCUAGGCCCCGGCGAAAAUCGACCGAGCGCCGGGUCCACCGGCCCAGCGGCCAUGGCUUCCGUCGGGGUGGUCUCCGGGAGACCGGCGGAAGAGACGCUGCCGCAACCGCAGGAGCCGCCGUUGCCUGAGCAGAAGCCCCUGCCCGCUCCCCAGUCGCAGCCGCAGGCCCAGCUGCAGCCGCCGCAGCCUCAGCCUCCGGCGUCCGGUCCCCUCCAGCCCCCUCCGCCUCCGGGCCUUAAGGAGGAGGAGACCUACUCGUUCCUGCCUUUGGUCCAUGACGUCAUCAAAUGUAUGGACAAAGACAGUGUUGACAUGCACCAGGAAUUGACUGCUCUCAAGACCAAGUUCCAAGAGAUGCGAAAAGUGAUUAGCACUAUGCCGGGGAUCAGUGCGAGUCCAGAACAGCAACAGCAGCAACUGCAGAGUCUUCGGGAACAAGUCAGAACCAAAAAUGAACUUUUGCAAAAAUAUAAGAGUCUCUGUAUGUUUGAAAUCCCCAAAGAAUAAAACAGGCAUGUAACAGUGACAGAAGUGACAAAAACUGAACCAGAAAAGCCAAGAUUGCAUUCUCUCUUCCCUCCCCUGCCCCUCUUCUGUGGCUCUAUAUGGAUCCCAGCUACUCAUUCUCUUGAGCAGCUCUUUUCAUAUUUCUUUGUUGGCUGUGCUCAGUGGUUAGGUCACCGGGGCUGGUUAGAGGCAUGCAUACAAGCAUUUUCUGAUGUGAAUUAAAGGCCCUGUAAUGGAAGUGAGCAAUAUACUUUCAUGGGGGCUGAAACUAUAUGGCUGCCUCCUGGGAAGUAACCAUCUGUCACAUCUUCUGGUUCUGACAGCAAUACUGGAAUACACAGUGGGAAAGAGGGUAUUUGUUCCCUUCCCCUCCCAUCCCACACUCCCUUCCCCUUGGAUGUGUUCAGUGUGUACAAGGUACAUAUUGUUCUUAUUAUGGAAGUUUCAUGAAAUUUUUGCAUAGAAUUAAUUGGCCAAAUUAUUCUUCAUGCUGCUUGGAUUUAAUAUGAUUAAUAGGUGGCUCUGUGAGAAUGAAUAAAAUUUUGAAUGUGUGGAGGCA